AUGGCGUCCCAUACCUUUCCGCCCAACGCGGCGAACGUGGGUUACGCGUACAGUAACGAGGUGGAGAUGCAGUCCUCCCAGCCCAACCUACACCACCUGCAUGGCUCUGCAGGCGGUCAACCGUCGUCCUCAUCCGCGGGCGGCUACAACCCCGACGCCGGGUACAGCUACGUCGCACAGCCCUAUGGCCGGGACCACAACGGCGAGCUCAAGAACCCGACCAUCACGACCUCGCCGCCGGCAGCGAGCUACCCGGCCUACGCGCACUAUGACAUCCCAGACCGCUCACCAGUCUCCGCGUCAAGCGUGACGCGCGGGGGCGGUCUCGCAGGUGGCAAACAGGACGACGAGUACCCGGCAGGGUGGACCAAGGAGGACAUGGAGGCCGAAGCCGAGUUUCUCAAGCGGGGGUUGAUCGACUGGAAGACGAUGCUCUCGUGGCGAUACUGGAUCCGAAAGGAGUGGUGGCACUACUACAUCGCCCUGACGUUGAUCCUCGUAUUGGUCAUUCUCAUGACCGUAUUCCACGACCAGAUUGUCACCUGGUUGGAACCAGCAGCGCGCUGGAUGCAAAACGUCACCUGCGGCUGGAUCAUCCCCAUUGCCGUCCUGUUCAUCAUCUCGUUCCCACCAUUGUUCGGCCACGAGAUCGUGGCCAUCAUCUGUGGUCUCGUCUGGGGCCUCUGGAUCGGGUUCGGCAUUGUCGCCGCAGGCACCUUCUUUGGUGAAGUCGGCAACUUUUACGCGUUCAAGUACUGCUGCCGCUCGCGCGCAGAAAAGUAUGAGAAGAAGAACAUGAACUAUGCGUGUCUCGCGCACGUCAUGCGUCACGGCUCGUUCUGGCUCAUCAUCGCCGCUCGCUUGUCUGCCAUUCCAGGCCACUUUACCACCGCCGUCUUCGCCACGUGUGGCAUGAACAUUUGGAUCUUUAUGAUCGCGGCCAUCCUGACGCUGCCCAAGCAGCUCAUUACGGUUUACCUUGGUGUCCUCUUUGGCAUGCAGAAGAACGGCGAGGGAAAGAGCACAAAGGACCGCAUCAUUUCAUACUCUGUUCUCGCCAUUGGCGUCAUUGUCACCGUCGGCGCGGCGUGGUACAUCUACCACGAGAUGCACAAGGUGCGCGUGGUUGUGUGGCGCAAGCAGCGUAUGGAGCUGGCCUCGCGCGGCGUCUCGCUCAGCCGCCUCGAGUACGGCGGCAGCAAGCUCGACCGUGACCCCGAGGCGUUGGGCGACAUGGACUCUGUGCGACCCAUCCUCGCCCGCCAGCGCUCACACACGGGUGAGGCGCUCCUCGCCCCACCCGGCGACUCGCCCAACAACAACCGCCACAACAGCUUCCAGACAUACCACACACCGUUUGACAUUUCGUACAACAAGACAGGCGACAUGUCCGUGUACCACCUGCCCGUCGAUGCGGCAGACGACGCCGAGCAAUCUGCCUAUGAGCUGGAACGCGCAGAAGCCGACAUUGCAGACAAGUUGCGCGCCCGCGCCUCGCAGCCCACUUCGCCCACCAAGGCCGCCACCGGCCGCGAGCCGCAGUGGCCCGCAGCCCAGCCCGCCAACCUCUACCGCGACCCGUCAACCGCGACCGUGUUCAACCGCCCACCGCCGCAGGCCAUCCCAAGCCACUUCCCCGACGCAAACCCUUACGGUGCCGUGCCAAGCCAAGGUAUGCCCAGCGGCGACCCCUACGACUACGAGACCGCGCAGGCCGCAGCCUCGCAGCAGCAACAGUACCAGCAGUACCAGUACCAGCAGCAGCAACAGCAGCAGCAGCAGGAGCAGCACAUGAACCCGUACGGCCCCAGUGGCGGGUACAGGUAG